UUAAAAUGGCGGUAAGACGUGGAGACAAGCUUACAGUUUGGUCCGUUUCAAGUCGACAGGCGAUGCACGUGUCACGACCCAAUGGGGGGCUUUAGUCGCGGCACUAAGCAUGGGACCACCAGAAUGCAGCAUCGCAUCGAGAGACUGUCGCCGUGGCUUCUCUUGCAACCAACCACGAACGAAUUUCAGCAUUCUGGUGGUCUCAUUCCGGAACUUGACACACCGAGCGCAGACCAACCUCCAAGCCAACCGCCUGCCAAGAAGCCAUGGUUCGCCUCACAAGCGUCGCUGUAGCGGUCUCAGCCCUCUCAGCUGCAGCUCUUGUCAUUCCCGUUGCUGGAUUCGAAAAAUUCGUUGCCAGACUCCCUAACGGAGCGAAUGUCCCCGGUGUGGAGGCGCUUGGCCACGUCAAUCCUGAAUUUGAUGGUACGGGGGACGAUGCCCGAAAUGACUUCGGCGAAGAUUUCGAAGACAUGGGGGAGCUCUGGACCAAGGAGCUGUGCGAAGCCGACUCGGACGAUGAUGGGCAGACGAACGGCCAAGAGCUCGGCGAUCCGUGCUGCGAGUGGAAUGCGGAGACGGCCAGCACCCCUCGUUGGACUGAGGGCGUCUCUCACCCGGGAGAUGCCACCAAAAAAUCGGACGUGACGCUCUGGGCGUCGAUUGACUGCUCCAAGGCAGCUGCAACGAUCGCUUCAGCGGGCUCGAUGGACGACGACUCCGACACGGAAGUUGGAGACAGCGACGACAAAACGUCGACCUCUGAGAGCGCUAGUACGUCCGGCAGCUCGACUCCAGCGCCUACCACAUCGAAUGCCCCUAGUGGAGCUGCAAUCUCUGCGAUGGCUGGCUUCAUCUCGCUGCUGCUGGCGCUGGCUGCUUAG